AUGAUUCUAGAAGGGGGCUGUCAUUGUGGGAGUGUCAGAUCGAGCAAGAGGAAGAAGAAGGUCAUCUGUUACGAUUGCAAUUGCUCGAUAUGUUACAUGCGGCGAAACACGCACUUCGUCGUCCCGCUAUCCAAGUUUCGAAUCGUUCAAGGCGAGGAGAAGCUUACAACAUACAGGUACAACACGCGGGUGGCAAGGCACACUUUCUGCUCUAUUUGUGGGAUCAGCAGUUUCUAUUAUCCUCGAUCGAACCCUGAUGGAGUUGCCGUCACGCUAUGGUGCUUAGACAAGCGGAUCGCAGAAGACGAAGACUUUGAUGUGGAGAUCAGAUAUUUCGAUGGGCUGAACUGGGAACAGAACAUUGACAAGUCUGGGAUCUCAGAGAUGUCCAAGGAAUAA